CAACACCAGAAGUCACCCACGAGCCUCCAUGUAGCUGCAUCGAAGACAACUUACCCUAUUGUGACUACUGCAGAUGUAGCUGCGUGGAAGACAACUUACCCUACUGCGACUACUGCAUAUCGCAGUCCACGCCAGAGCCGACACCAGAAUUCACAGAACAAGAAAUUAAGUUUUGUACUUGUUUUCAUCAUGAUGACUACCCAAUGUGCCCAUCGGGUUGUGAAAGUACGCCACAACCUACCUUUGAGCCCGCACCAGAGCCUACUCCAGAACCAACUUCAUGGCUACCAUUAGAUGAUAAUAAGUCUGGCCACACUGGCCACACAGAUGCAACUCCUGAAUCCACCCCAGCACCAACCCCAGAACCAGCAACAGAUGAUGAUAGCACGGGCAAUGAUGUUGAGGACAACACUGAAUCAACCCAAGAAACAACUCCUGAGUCAACCCCAGAACCGGCAACAGAUGAUGAUGGCACAGGCGAUGAUGAUGACACUGAAUCAACGCCAGAACCAACUCCUGAAUCAACCCCAGAACCAGCAACAGAUGAUGAUGAUGGCUCCGACCGUCACGAUGAUGACUACACUGACUCUGGGCGUGAACAAGACGAUGAUAGCACUGGCCAUGAAGAAGAAGAUGAUGAUAGCUCUGGCCAUGUAGAUGAUGAUGAUAGCUCUGGCCAUGAUGACGAUGACUAUACCGAAUCAAACCCAGAACCGGUAGUGGAAGAUGACGACAAUGGCUUUGAGGACUAUGGUGGCGGCUUUGACGACUUUGUAUGGUGA